AUGAAGUCACUUAGUUGGGUACUGGUUCUCGUUGGUUCCGUCCUCGUGACGGGAUCACCUAUCGAGAAGCGAGAUAUUGAAGGGCGAGCUACAACAGUUACAGCAGCACAAUUGUCCCUUUUCGACUUCUAUGCGCAAUGGGCUGGUUCCGCCUACUGCAAUAGCGACGCCAGUCCAGGGACGAAGGUCACUUGUUCGGAUGAUGUCUGCCCGGACGUUGAAGCCGAUGGGCCUACUAUUGUUGGCACGUUGCACAAUAAUACAGCCACGAACAUUGAAGGUUUCGUUGCUGUUGACUCUGUCAAGGAGCAAAUCGUGCUGUCCUUCAGGGGCUCAGACUCGAUUCGCAACUGGAUCGCGAACUUCAUCUUUGCUCAGGUUGCAUGUGACAUUGUGGCUGGCUGUCUGGUGCAUGCUGGAUUUUGGACAGCAUGGAACGAGGUCAAGGCAGAUGUAGUCACCCUUGUAUCGGCCGCAACAGCUGCAAAUCCGUCAUACAGCCUUGUGAUAACAGGCCAUUCGCUGGGAGGCGCAGUUGGCACUAUCGCCGCUGCGUCCCUGCGCGCGGCAGGCUAUGCCUGUGAUUUGUACACAUAUGGCAGCCCGCGUGUGGGCAACGCCGAGUUCGUGAAUUUCGUGAUCGCGCAGUCCGGCGGCGAGUAUCGUGUUACACACGCAGAUGAUCCUGUACCCCGGCUGCCGCCCAUCCUGCUCAACUACCGACACACAUCGCCGGAAUACUGGGUAAAGACAGAGUCGACAGACAAUGUCAGCACGGCAGAUGUUCAAGUGUGCGAGGGCACGGCCAAUGUGCAGUGUAACGCUGGUACCCUGGGCUUGGAUAUCGACGCGCACAGAAGUUACUUCACUAAUAUAUCCGCGUGCGGUUCGGAUGUCACACAAUUCAGGCGGAGAGAUGGCGAGAUCAGCGAUGAGGAGCUUGAGGAGCGCUUGAACAUGUUCGCCCGUCUAGAUGUUGGCUAUGCGGCAGCAUUGGCGGAAGCCAGUGCUACGGCUUAA